CGCCUGUUGUCGAGAAGCGGUCAGACUUGCUCCGUCAUUGUGUUCCGCUGCUCCUCUAUGGUUCUCUAACUGUCCGAGUAAACUGGCUCUGUAAAAUGAAGAUUUUAUACGCCUUUCUGUUUGCGGCUCUAGCCUUGACGAACGACGCACUUGUCCGAAUUCCUUUAAAGAAAUUCCGUUCAAUCAGACGUGAGCUGACAGACUCAGGGAGAAGUGCAGAGGAGCUUCUGGCCGACAGGCAGUCCCUUAAGUACAACUUUGGCUUUCCCACCAGUAAUGGACCCACUCCAGAAACCUUGAAGAACUACCUUGACGCACAGUAUUAUGGUGAGAUUGGCCUGGGCACCCCGCCUCAGCCCUUCACUGUAGUGUUUGACACUGGCUCCUCCAAUUUGUGGGUGCCUUCUGUUCACUGCUCCUUCACAGACAUUGCCUGCUUACUUCACCACAAGUAUAACUCGGCCAAGUCUAGCACAUAUGUGAAGAAUGGCACUGCCUUUGCCAUCCAGUAUGGGUCUGGCAGUUUGUCCGGCUACCUCAGUCAGGACACAUGCACAAUUGGAGACUUAUCAGUAGAAAAACAGGUAUUUGGGGAGGCCACCAAACAGCCUGGUGUGGCAUUUAUUGCAGCCAAGUUUGAUGGGAUCCUUGGCAUGGCCUACCCACGCAUCUCUGUGGAUGGGGUGGCGCCCGUUUUUGACAACAUCAUGAGCCAGAAGAAGGUGGAGCAGAAUCUUUUCUCCUUCUACCUGAACAGAAACCCAGACACUGAGCCAGGCGGUGAGCUGCUGCUGGGAGGAACCAACCCCAAGUACUACAGCGGUGACUUCCAUUACCUCAACAUCUCCCGCCAGGCCUACUGGCAGGUCCACAUGGACGGGUUGGGAGUGGGUAGUCAGCUGAACCUGUGUAAGGGUGGCUGUGAGGCUAUUGUGGAUACAGGCACGUCUCUAAUCACUGGACCCUCUGCUGAGGUCAGGGCUUUGCAAAAAGCCAUCGGAGCCACUCCACUCAUCCAGGGAGAGUACAUGGUGCAGUGUGACAAGAUCCCAAGUCUCCCGGUCAUCACCUUCAACCUGGGCGGAAAGCCCUACACUCUGACAGGAGAACAGUACGUUCUCAAGGAAAGUCAGGCUGGCAAGACUAUUUGUCUGAGUGGCUUCAUGGGUCUGGACAUCCCUGCCCCUGCAGGGCCCCUGUGGAUUCUGGGAGACGUAUUCAUCGGCCAGUAUUACACUGUGUUCGAUCGUGAGAACAACAGGGUGGGCUUUGCAAAGGCCAAGUAAGCACAGUUCAGGGGCAAUGUUGUCAUGCAUAGGUGGAUUUUAAAGAUGGAAAAAUUGCGGUAUGGA